AGCACUCACUGAGCUAAGCACCUGCUGAGCACACCAACCACAAGAGACAAAGACUCUUCAAGACAAAUCGCUGUCACCAUGAAGGCCACACUUGCCACCAUCGCUGUCCUCGUCCUCGCUCUCAGCUGGACCUCUGAGGCUGUGCGGGUUGAAGAGAAUGGAUUGUCUUUCUCUCUGGAAGCCGUCAUGAGGCUCCAGGAGCUGACAGAGAGCAGCGGAGCAGGACAACAGAGCCCUCGACUCAGGGCGAGCACCGGGUCCCUGUGUGCCGACCCCAUGCUCCCCCAGGAGUUCCUGCCCCUCUGUAGGCUGAGAGGAGCAUCUGCAUCCCUGUCCAGACUAGCUAUGGUUCCCAUGGACGUCUGUGAGAUCUGCGCUUUUGCUGCCUGCACCGGCUGCUAAGCAAGCAACAAACACAUUGCCCAGCUUAAUACUUGUGAUUUGUUUCCUCCCCCUCACAACUAUAGUACUUCAGAGAAUAAAACAAAAAAAGAUUUACCUGAUGAGAGAGUGACAUUAUGUUCCCUGACCACAGAGGCUCUGUCUCCGGUCUUUUGGCACUUAAUAGAGCAAACUAAGCCCCCAAAAAGAAAGAAAUCAAACAACGUAUGUUGUUGUUGUGGAUUUCUGUAAACUGUUACUGUAGCUUGUUUACUUUAUUUUUCAUUUCCAUCAUGCCUUUUAUUUUUGGAAUUUGUUUGUUACAUUUCUAUCUUACCAAGCUUUGUACUGUACACAUAUUUAAAAGUUCCUAUUUUUCUUGUUUCUUAACAUUGUUUUAAAUAA